UUAAAACACAUCGGAAACAGAACGGCACUUUUGGACGACUUAACAUAAAUCGCAGCUUUUAUUUUGCAUGGCUUUACCAAAGUGGAACCGGUAAAAGUGGUGCAUUAAGUUAGCCUGGACUCAUAAGCUAGCUGAGUUUCAUUGCUAACAAACGUCAAGCCAAAUUUAGUUUCGCAGCAUUAAAUAUAUUUUAACCAUAGCCAUAUAAUGGGUGGCUGCUCCGCUCCAAACUGCUCCAACUCCACCACCAUUGGGAAACAGUUGUUCAGGUUCCCGAAAGACCCGGUUCGUAAGAGGAAAUGGGUCGUGAACUGCCGGCGUGACUUUGAGCCGACUCCGCACUCCAGGCUCUGUCAGGACCAUUUUGAGCCGAGUCAGUUUGAGGAAAUAGCCAGGUCUCCAGCUGGGGGAAAGAAGCUGAAACCUAAUGCCAUCCCCACUCUGUUUAGUUUCCGAGACCCCCCUUACCCUGCAAUUACUACUCCGCACAUCCUGCUGUCUUUCAAACCCGAGCCAGUAGAAAAAGAUCUAAAUUUUGGGGAUCAUGGCUAUGCCAGGCGAACCCCUCUUCCAGGGCUGGAAGAGGACGUAGACAGGGAGGUGGAGGAGCAGCAGCCCUGCACUCAGUGUCAGCUCCUCAGGAAGCAACUCAAUGAGGAGAUGCAGAAUACUGCAAGGCUAAAGAAAGAGGUGGAGGAGAUGAAGAAGCGUGUGUAUCGACUUGACCGGAUCGAGAAGGGCCUUCAGAACUUCCUGUAUGAGGACCAAAUCCGGGCCCUGUCCCUCACCAAGCGCUCCCGACGAGCCGUAUGGAGCCCAGAAACCAUCCUCAAGGCCCGCAAGAUCCGUUGUGCAGUCGGUACCAAGGGCUACGAGUACCUGAGAGAGCUGGGAUACCCACUGCCUUCCUACAGGACCCUAUGUAACCGCCUGGAGACAAAGAUCAUGGUGACCACAGACAUGAGCUGUGAGGAGCUGGCAGAGCUGGGCCUGGGGCUCAUGGCUACCUGUGACAGUCCUACAGGCGAUGUUGGUGACAAUGAUGAGGAGGAACUGAUUGGGGUUUUGUCCUGACUGGCCUGACUGCCCUUUGUCCUAUAAAGAGACAGGAGAGAGGGAGGUGUGCAAAACUGCUGCCUUAAAAUGACAGUAGAAGUUGGAUGUGGCUUCUUAAUGAGGAAAAAGAUUCGAACAGCAGUCUUUUCCUCAGGUCAAUAGAUGCUUAAAAUGCAACAAAUUAUAUCUUUACUGAUUGGUAGUCUUACAUGGAGGUGCUGCUGGGGUUCAAGGUAGCUCAGCCGGACUAUAGCCUGGUUUGUUGGUAUGUAGAUAAGAGACUCUAGUAUGCUUACAGCUAGAGAUCUUAGGUUUAUCUUUAUGGUGUCUGCAUGAAAAAAGGACAUUACACAUGUCAUGCCAUCCACUGACAACAUGGUAUGGUUAAAUGUGUUGGGGGGACAGUUACUCCAGACAAAUAAUGGACCCUAUGGAAAACUAGACUACAUGAAGGGGGAGGCACUGAGGAGAGCUGAGAUAUAUAAUUUGCACAAAGGCUGCUGAAUUUGCUUGUUCAGGGUCAAGGGUUUUACUGUUUGUUGGAUCAGUUCUAUGCUGAAUGUUACACUUAGCAUUCAGUGCCUCACAGCAGUAAGAAGCAGUGGUAGCAGUUUGGAAACUGAUGGUAUUGUUUGUCUCACAUGAAUCUCAAAUUAUCCUGUUUGAAUUGACAUUCAUUAUUAAAUUUUUAUUGUAACACUGUCAUCAAAGU